AUGGCUGAGGCUGAGACUCGUGCGAUCGACCACGAGGUGGCGAUCGCUGCUGAUGAGGUGACCGAUGAUAGCGCAUCGGAAGUAGGAAUUCCAGAAUAUGUCAUGCCGAACGACGCGAGAGAGAGCGACAGACUAGAUUCCCAACACGAGCUCAUGAUCUACACACUGAGGGACAGGCUCGGCUUAGCUCCCCCAUGCGACCCCAAGGCUAAGGUCGGCCGCGUCCUUGACGUGGGUACGGGCACCGGAAUCUGGGCGGCUGACUUUGGUGAACUACACCCUGAGGCUGAUGUGCUUGGCAUGGAUCUCUCUGCUCCGGCGGCAGAAUUCGUCCCUCCCAACGUCAAGUUCGAGAUUGAUGACCUUGAGGAGGAUUGGACCUACUCGCGCCCGUUUGACUACAUCCACCAUCGACUCCUCAACUCGUGCAUCAAUGAUUGGCACGCGUAUCUCACCAAGAUCUACGAAAACCUCGUGCCUGGUGGUUAUGUCGAGCUUCAAGAGGGCGAGAUCCACCUGAAGUCCGACGACGAUACUCUUCCCGCCGAUAGCGACCUGGCCAAGUACGCAGACCUGAUCCAAGAAGCCGCAGAGAAGGCCGGCCGCAAGUGGCAGGACAUCCGCGACGUCAAGGCCAUGAUGAUCGAGAUUGGCUUCGUUGACGUCGAGCUGUACUGCUACAAAUGGCCAAUCAACGACUGGCCUAAGGAAGAGUACUACAAGGUCCUCGGGACCUACAACUGCGAGAACACCUCGAACGCCUGCGAAGCCAUGUCUAUGGCCCUCUUCACCCGUGUUCUCGGAUGGUCGCGGGACGAGGUCAACGUCUUCCUCAUCAGUGUCCGGAAGGAUCUGAAGAACCGAGCUUAUCACGCCUACUUCCCAAUCCCCAUCAUUGUUGGACGCAAGCCAGAGGCCAAGAAGACUCCUGCGAAGACCGAUGCCUAA